UUUCAAGGCUGUUAACAUGGCUUACUCACGGAUUGUUAUUUCUGAAUAUAUACCCUAGUGGCUUUUGCUUCCGCUAAGCUUAGAGGGACCGAUGCACCGGUCAUAUAUCCCUGUCGUGCCACCCACACUCCCUUUCAAUGAAUCCCUAAGUCUCAUACCCAGACCACAAAAACCAAGCCUAAGCAAUGACCGUCUUUACUCCAGCGGCUGGCUUUCAUCUAGCCGACGGCAAAGGUUAUACCCUGGGCCACUAUUCCCUGGCCAUGUGCCGCCUGAACCUGCAGAUCUUCCUGUGGAGGGCCUCACUUGGAUUCACCCUGCACCCCUCAAUCCCCCUCCCCACCACCGGGCGGAUUGCCGACCUGGCCACGGGCACGGCGCUGUGGUUGACGGAGUUGGCGCAGACCCUGCCUGCCGACGCCGACGUGCAGCUGGACGGGCUGGACCUGGAUCUGCGCAAAGCACCGCCCCACCCUUGGCUGCCGGCCAACGUGCACCUGCACCACGCCGACAUUCUGGCCCCAUUGCCGGACCCUCUGGUCGGGCAGUACGAGGUGGUACACCUCCGGCUGCUCAUCCUGGUGGUGGAGAACAGCGACCCCACCCCAAUCAUCCGCUACGUCCACCGCAUGCUCAAACCCGGCGGUUACAUCCAGUGGGACGAUCUCAACUACCCGGACACCCACGUCACUCGUGUCGAUCCAACGUCUCCUACGCCCGCUUUCGACCGCCUGCGCGAUUUCGUCUAUUCCAAGGGCCGCCACGACUGGGUUAUGCGCCUGGACAAGAUCCUCACCCGCGAGGGCUUCGUUGACGCCUGCAUGCACCACUUCACUGACCGCAGGGACUUGAUCAUGGCCAACGGCCAUCAACAUCUGAUGACCAUGCUGGAGUUUGCUGAGACCCUCCGGGCUAAGGGUUUGGAGCUGGAAGCCCGUGAACUGGACGUGCUUUUGGCCGAGGUCAGCACCGAGGCUGCCCGGGGCGCUGCUCUCUCGAUGCCUCGUGUGGUCUGUGUCGCACGCAAGCCAUAAGGUCUACCUUCCCUUGUCUACUUUGACUUCAAAUCUAUAAGAGUUGCGGGCGAAACCCCACGGUGCCGCCCUCGAUUUCAACUUCCCAGGACACAAUGUUAUUAUCGAGCAUAAUCAGACGUCCCGGAGAAAAAGCCCUGCAACUCCAUUUCUUUACUGUAGCCUCCCAGAGCAGGAAUAUCUUUCUCCCAUACAGAAAUUC